AUGUGUAUAAGAGACAGAUUUAACAGAAAUCAUGUUAUACAGAAAAGAUAUGAAGAAGUGGUAUACUGGAGUAACAUCCAUGUUAUCGAAGAAAUAAAACGCACUUGCCAAAGCGACAAUAUAUCCACUGAUCUAGAACUGGCUGGUUAUGUGUGGGAAAUUUUUGGUAAUCAACAUAAUAGAAGGUUUGUCCUUGGGUUUACAUUGUGUGGUGGUUUUAUGAGAGUGUGGCUUUUUGACCGCUCAGGGGGUAUUAGUUUGAACAGAAUUGACAUUUAUCAUGAUCCUACUAUGUUUAUUCGAGUAAUUACUGGGUUUGCCACCAUGGAAUUAUUUCAGCUUGGAUAUGAUACAACUAUUAUG